UGAGUCCCCAAUGUGCCGAAAAAUGCGGAAUUAUGAGGCUUCUUGAUAAACGAUAUGCCGGACAUGCUGUGGGAGUUGGAACAGCUGAAAUUAUAGGCCGCGUCCAUUACGUCGAAGCUGAAAUCCAUGUUAAAGCUGAAAAUCACGUUGGAUAUUUAUCAUUGGAAUGUUCAUUUAUGAUUAUGCAGGGAAGCAAUGAUGUACUAUUUGGACUGGACAUGUUAAUGUGCCACCAGGCAUGCAUUGAUCUAAAGAAGAAAGCAUUGAUCAUCAACGAUGUGCAAAUUCCUUUUCUGGCUGAACAUGAAUUGCCAGAAAGCGCAAGGUCAAUUGGAGAGGGAAUGCAGGACGAUGUCGAUCAAUCUAUGCCAAACGAUCGACAAAACCUGGCACUG